AUGUUGUCCGGAAAAUUGUUAAUGCAACGACUUCCCAAGCAGUUGCUUGGCCUUCGUAACGCGGCUAGCAUUGGUGCCAACAGUACUGCCUCUUUACAGAAGGAAACUCCUUUGGCAGAUGCCAUGAUUGCUCGUCCUCGUCUCGUCGAUUUGCAGCAGCGAUGGGAUAUAAUGCCUCAAGAAGAAAAAGACACUUUAAUUACCGAUUUGUACGCUCGUCAAAAGCUUCCUUGGACAGAAUUGUCGGUCGAUGAAAAGCGUGCUGCUUACUGGAUUGCUUUCGGUGAACACGGACCCCGUGCCUACAGUAAUAUCAACCAAAAGACGGUCUUCUGGGGAACCGCUGCUGGUCUCAUAAUUGCCGUUGCCUUGUUUGCUUUGAUUCGUACUCAAGCUGCCCCUGCUCCUCAUACCAUGACCCGUGAAUGGCAAGAAAAAUCUAACGAAUACAUGAAGGAGAACAGGAUUAACCCCAUUAGUGGUGAAGCCAGUGAAGGUUUCAACGGACGUGGUCAAAUUAGCGGUGGUAUGUUCUCUCCUUCUGGUAAGCAAGCUUAA